AUGGCCUCCGCGCCAGAGGAAACUUCCACCGCCGGCCCACACUCCCCCAACCCCACCAAACCCUUCCGCUUCAAACACCCACGAUCCCCAUCUCCCUCGCCAUCAGGGCCCCCUCGCAAACGACGGUCCCUCUCUCCUCCCUCAUCCACGCCUCAAAACCCCCGACAUACCCGCCGCCAUCAUCACCGCCGCCACCACCACCACCGCUCCAAGCGACGGCCGCACACCCCGCCCGAUGCCUACGACAACGAGUACCUAAAAGAGGAAGGACGAUACAUGAGUCCGGACACCGCAUUCCGUGAAUCCCUCUUCGACGCCCUUGCCGACGACGAGGGUGCCGCGUUCUGGGAGGGAGUCUACGGCCAGCCUAUGCAUACUUACUCGCCUUAUUACUACCCGGCUUCCGCAUCCCCCAACGAUGACACUCCAGAUGAUCCCGAGAAUCCAAAACUGGAGAGGAUGGAUGACGAAGAGUAUACGGCUUAUGUGCGGAGCAAGAUGUGGGAGAGAAGCCACGAGCACAUUCUUGAAGAACGGCGGCGCAGGGAGGAGGAGCGGAAGAGGAAGAAGGCGCAGGAUGAGGAGGGGAGGAAGUGGCAGGCUGGUGUUGAAGAGGCGCUUAGGAGGGGGCAGGAGAGGAGGAAGAGCAAUAGGUGGAAGGGUGUUUGGGAGGGGUAUCUCGCGGGCUGGGAGGAACGGAAAGGAAAGAUCUUCUGGCCGGUCGAGAGUGGGAACAUGGAUGAUGUAGGGGCGGGCGAGGUUGAGAAAUUCUUCAAAGGUGUGGCAGGGGUUGGGGGUGUGGAUUUUGGGGUUGUGCUCAAGAAGGAGAGGGUACGGUGGCAUCCGGAUAAGAUGCAGCAGAGAGCUGGGGAGGUGGGCAUUGAUGGGGGGACCAUGAAGGUGGUGACGGCCGUUUUCCAGGUUGUUGACAGGUUGUGGAGUGAGAUACGGGAGAGAGCGUAG